AUGUCGAAAGAAGCAGCGAUUCAUCACUCCCUGUCCAGCUUUCCCAGUGCUGCUCAAGUGGAGCAUUCUAUGAAAGAGGUUGGACUUGGAGGGCAGAGCGUUCAAUCACUCACCCAUGAUGAACGACAACGUAUCUUGGCUCAUCUAAACUCUAAUGGCAAUAUUGAUGAAGCUUAUCAGUCGCCGAGCAGUCCAAAUGGACCAAUUCUAUCGACGGCACUCUACUCUGAAGAUGCUGUAUUGUUAAACCCAACUGCUACAAUACCCAAAUAUGGAAUUGUAUUGAAAUCUGCUCGAGAUGGCGACGAUGGCACUACAGAUUUGAUUGACGAGGAAGACGAGAGUGAAAUGUCAAGACAGGAAGCUCAUAUUUUGAAACUGACUCGAACUUUGAAAGACAAACAAGUAAUAAUCGCGCCGGGAGAUGGCAAGGCUCCUUAUGUAACAAAUGAAACCGAUGUCGUCCUCGUUGAUCGUGCCCUCAUGCCCGGAGAUAUCGUACAAGACACGUCAGCACAACAGUCAUCAAAGGGCAGCGGUGUCAUAAUAGGAAUGAGGCAGUCUGCGUCUCUACAACAAAUCUCGAGUGGAUUCGAGAUAAAAGAUGUAGAUACUUCGAGAAUAUCAUAUUCUACCGAUGUUGACGUGUCAGAUUAUGUCGUCAUUGAAGGAGGAUGGGUUGGGCGGGCCGUUGGCUGUGCUGAACAAAUAACGGUGCAAUUUCUGGACUUGUCUACUUGUGUCGUCAGGUACCCAGACUUGCUAGAGAUUGCUGGAGAUGUUGACAACAAUUCAUUCCUGAAAACGCAAAGGUCAGUAUUCGUAAAUGGUCUAAAGUGUACAAUAUCUCAAUUAGUCACUGAAGAACUCAUUAAUUUCCUCUGCUUUAGAUUGGUUGCAGGCCUCAAUGUAAAUUGCCCUCCAGAGUGCCUUAGAGACGGUCGCUGGACACGUGGCCACUUCAUCCCUAGAAAGCACAAGAUUGGACUUGUGAUUGAUUCUCAAACCAUUCUGGUUACUGUUCAGUGGCUGGCAUGUUUCGGAAGCAAUCCUUCAGGAAGCCCUCCACCGGAGAAAGUACCUAGAGCCUCCGUGAGAGUCUUAAUGGGCAGCUGGUGCUCCUAUAGUUUCCAACUUGGCGAUAAAGUAGUCUUCAAAGAUGAAGAGGAUGCUAAACGCACGUUCCCUAUAACUCAUGCCCAGGCAGCUACGGGCCUUCCAUCACAUCAAUUUACUUUGAACGUUACUUGCACAAAGACUUGGGCGGAUGUAUUGUGGCAGGAUGGCUCAGUGAGCACUGGUAUAUACUCCACGAAUCUCCUUCCUGUAUUAUCACCAGACGAAUACGAACUUUGGCCUUGUGAAAUUGUGGUGCUUAAGGAAAACCAAGAGAAACUAGGUCUCGUCGUCUCUGUAAACGCCAUAGAUCGACUUGCCAACAUACGUUGGUAUGAAACUGUAAAUAGUUGCAUGGUCUUGUCAAGUACAGUGGAAGAAUUGUCGUUAUUCGAACUAGAGACACCAGAACAUCUAGACUUUACUGCAGGAUGUAUUGGUCUCGUUGUGGACGAAGACACUCCAGAAGUAAACCGUCUGGUCGAAAUAUUGAGAAUAAAUAGAGACGGACAGGUCGUGGUGAAAUACAUGCUGUCUAAUCGAGAGGGCGUCUUACCUCCAUCAUCUAUAUUCAAGAUAGUAGAGGACGAUGACGAUGGAGAUUCGGAAUCUGAUGACGACGAUAAGAGCUGGGUUACCGAGGAAGACGGUGACGAAGUCGAAUUAGAUGGUAGGACGAUCGACCAAGUAGAGGAUUCAGUCAUUAAAGUCACCAAUACUCUGGAAACAAUGGAUAUAUCAACACCAUCAUCACCACUCCCCAAACGAGGCACUAUCUCAGUACCUUCUCAGCUGCCGUCAUGGGACUUGUUUGCCUCAUCUGAAUCCAUACCAAUCGAUCAUAAAUACUAUAAUUCAAUCCAACGAAACAUACCACGAGCUCUUGCCAAACGAAUAUUAUCAGAACACUCAAUGUUGACCAAGGCUUUACCUCCGGGCAUUCUAGUACGGUCGUUCGAGGAUCAAACUGAUGCAUUCAGAUGCAUGAUUGUUGGACCAGAAGGAACUGCUUAUGAAGGCUGUCUGUUUUUCUUUGAUGCACGAUUUCCUCUCGAAUAUCCAAGCGUUCCCCCAGACCUCUUCUUUCACUCAUAUGAUGGUGGCCUCGGGAAGAUCAACCCAAACUUGUAUGAAAAUGGCCGCGUCUGCUUGUCAAUAUUAGGAACUUGGAGUGGUAACGCCACCGAAUCUUGGAGUCCUGCCAAAAGUCUCAUGCAGGUUCUCGUCUCUAUUCAAGGCCUGGUGUUAAAUCCUGAGCCAUAUUUCAAUGAAGCCGGAUAUGAUUCGCAUAGGAAUACUCCUGAUGGAAUACGGAAUAGUUUGCUAUACAAUGAGAAAACCUUAAUGUUAUCGUACAAAUUCAUCAACCACAUUCUACGACAUCCCGUCGCUCCAUUCGAAGAAGAAAUCAAGUCAUUCUACUAUGGUGAAGGCUGGUUGAAGAUAAUGGUGGAACGUGGCCAACGCAUUUGUGUCGCGUCAGAGACACCUGUCGAUACGGCUGCUGCUACAGAGAAGUCGGCGCCUCCCCACGAGAUCAAAACCGUGUCACUGGGCUGUGUAAAGUUGCUCAAGAAGGAAGUCGCUCUAUUGGACAAGAUGUUGUUGGUGCAGCAAGAUGUAUAG